UCUUCCAAAACAAGACAGUGUUCCGUGUUAUGUUGACGAAAUGUUAUAGUUGUUGUGACUGAGUUAUCUCGAUAACUAGACAAAAGUUUUCUUAGAAAGAGACAAGGAUCAUUUUUUUUCCAAAAGAAAGUGGACAAGGAGGGUUGGAGAAGAAAAUGAGAACGCUAAAUCGAACGAUUUGCUUCGUUUACGCGGCCGGAGAUGCCAUGAUUUUUUCAUGCUGACCGUGGUCUGAAGGGUUUCGCUUUGUUAAUAAUUUUACUCUUGAUAUCCUAAAGAAACCCGCUUAGCUUGUGUACAAGGCUUGGAAACUUUUGAAUUUUAUUUUAUUGUUUGUUUGUUUUCCUUCGCUGUUUUAAUUUAUCCAUGGGAAGUUCUACUUCAAAGUUCCGCAAAGCUCUUCAACGUGGUGAAGGAGUCGAGGCUAUGCACAUUUACCUCAAGAACCCUGAAAUUAAAAGAAAUCUUGAUCCGAACUGCAGCUUCGGAGUGAAUCAUGGCCGAAACACUGCACUGCAUUAUGCCGCAAUGCAUGCGAUGAAAGCUUUUAUACGCGAGUUCCUGGAGGAAAAAGCUGACCCGAACAUUACGAACGCGAUAGGGCAAAAUGCCUUGCACUGUGUUAGCUUGAGUUUCCGAGGAGUCGAAUCGUCCGUCGAUAAAGCGCGAGCCGACUGCAUGUCGAUACUUCUAGGAUGGAGUUCAAAUCUUCCGGAGGGAACAGGGCUUGAGAUCGAUGCACGCGAUCAGACUGGAAACACUCCGCUGCACUAUGCUGCAAGCUCAGGACUAUAUCAAUGUGUUCAGUUGUUGGUUGCUAAUGGAGCAUCACUUUAUGAAGAAAACAAGAAUGGGGAAACUGCAUGUGACUUUGCCAUCAAAAGAGGAUUUAACUCCAUUGCAGCUUUUCUGGAAUCAAGGAUGGUUUUCUCUCAAGAAUCUCCAAGUGCCAAUGCAGUUGAGGAGCCUGUUUUUAUUGACAGAGAUGACCAGAAGCAAUACAGAGGUCUUUGUGCGCAAGAUCUUCAAGAAGCAAAGGAUCAGAUGCUUGUAGAAACCGCAGAUAUGCUCAGGGUUCCAUUGUUUACUGCUGAAGGUCUACUUCGGAAUCACGAGUGGUCUAAAGAAUCUCUGAUUGAAGCAUGGAUGGAAGAUCCUGUUGCAGCUUGUGAGAAAGCUGGAGUUACUCUCCCAGAGAAUCACACCACAGGCAAUGUAGAACUUGAAGAGAAAACUAAACUUGCAGUAAAAAGCAACUAUGGAGCAUCUGAAGUUUGUUCUAUCUGUGAAGAUCAAAUAGUGUAUGAAGAUGUUCCUCUGUCUCUUUCUUGUAAUCAUGAGUUCUGUCGUUCUUGCUGGGAAAGUUAUCUGAAUGUGAAGAUCAAAGAAGGCAAGGCUCAUAACAUACAGUGUCCUGCAUUUGAUUGCAGUGCUCUUGUCCCUGUGGAAACUAUUGAAAGUCUUGUAUCAAGAGAAAUGGCAAGAAGAUAUCUUCAGUUUGAUAUAAAGGCUUUUGUAGAGAGUAAUCCUACUUUGAAAUGGUGUCCGUCACCUGGAUGUGGCCGAGCAGUGAGGCUGCCAUCGAGCAUGCUACCCUCACUGAAUGUUUCUGUAGAAGCAAGCUCUUUAGGGGAGACAGAGCCAAUGACUGUAGAUUGCGGCAGUGGUCAUUUCUUUUGUUGGCAUUGUUUAAAGGAAGCUCAUCUGCCCUGUACAUGUGAACUUUGGAGUAGAUGGAUGGAAAAAAUAGCUGAAAUGUUACCAAAGAUUCCUACAACAGAAGACAUUUCUGAGUGUCCUGAAACAGAAGCAGUCGCCAACACUCUUUGGCUCGUGACAAACUCGAAAUCCUGCCCCAACUGCAAAUCACCCAUUCAGAAAAAUGAGGGAUGCAACCACAUGAAGUGUACAAAGUGUAAACACGAGUUCUGCUGGGUUUGUCUGGAACAGUGGAAAAAACACAGUUCUGCUACAGGAGGAUAUUUUAGGUGUAAUCGAUUUGAGAUUGUUCAAAAAGUUGAAUCAGAGUCAGCCAAGAUAGUAACAGAGAUUAACACAAAGAAUGAUGAAAUCACGCAGUUAAAUUGUUUUCUACAUUAUUACUCACGCUUUAAGAACCAUGAAAAUAGUUACAAGUUUGAAGAACCUUUAUUAAGUACAGCUAAGGAUAAAAUGUCUGCACUGGCUGUUGCUGCCAUGGAAACAGCUGCAACUUCAGUGGAAAAUGCUGACACAUCAUUCAUCGAAGACGCCGUUCACGGACUACUUAAUUCAAGAAGAGUUCUCCGAGCCUCAUAUGCUUAUGGCUUCUUUCUCACUGGUAACAAAGACAAGAGAGUAAUCUUUGAAUCAAUGCAGACCGAAGUUGAAGAAGCAAUAGAGACACUAUCACAGAUGGUAGCCCGACCUUACUUGAGGACACCGCGGGCUCAGAUCAUCCAAACCACACAGCUGUUACACCGGAAGCGAGAUGACUUCCUGUUAGCUCUGUCACGUGGUCUUAUACCGGAUGACGACGAACUUCCGGAACCUAACAGCCUCAUGCCAAGCAGGUUCCUCUCUUCAUCCAGAGGAAGUCAAGAUAGCGAGUCUGACGAAGAUGAAGACAAUUAUGACGAAGUUCGCAGCGCAAUUGAACACUCCAUCAUCAAGGAACGUUUGAAUCGGCUGGCAGCGUUUGGAUCUACUGAUUCAUGCCCACUUAGUGAAGAUGUCUUUGAAGAACAAGCCGCUGCCAAGGAAAAAGUAACCUGUGAGGCGAUUCACAAGAGAUUUAACCUUUCCUCUUGUUACUUGUGCAAAUAUGGAAAAACGAAAGAAAAAGGGGCGGGAAGGAGAAGAAGGCGCCAGCGACGAAGCAAACCAGCGGAGACUGAAGACGAAAUAGAUGUUGAUGUGAUGCGAGCGAUACAUUUGUCACUGAUGCAACGUAGUACACAAACCAAUCAGAGAAGCCGACAAUCAAGCUCAUCCAGCAGUUCGACCAGCUCUUACAGAGACCAAGCACAUGGGGUGCAGGCGCCCCAGGACAUGUCUUACCUCUCUGCCGUGGAUGGGGCUUCUCUUCAGAAAGCUAUAGAGCUGUCACUUCGAGAUUCUGCUGUUGGAGGAGAACUGUCCUCUUCUCCCGAUGAUGACCUUAAACAAGCCAUCAAACUAUCUCUGCAGGACAGUGGUCUUCCCCAGGAGGGAACUGAUGGCAUUGGAUGCGCAGACAGUUCACCACAACACCCACAAACGAAAGAACAAGACGACGCUGACAGUGAUAUUGAAUUCGAUAUUUGUCUUUAAAUUGUAAUAGCUCAAUUAAAAUUUUAAAUUGUAAACAUUUUUAUACGGCAUAAUUCCAAGUGUGUGUGUGUGUGUCAUAGACAAACUAAAAAAUUAGAAUCACCCUGGACAGCUUCAUAAAUUGUGGUACAUGAAUGUACUGCUCAGAAGCUUUCAUUCGAAUGGUCAUUCAUUAGGUUCUGAACCACAAACUCGAAUGUUAAAACCAACGUUUGCAAUGUAGUGAACGGUACCCAAAGUGGUACUCAAGAGGCUCACAAAGUAAAUUCAGCGGUCAAACAUCUGCGCAUGUGCGAACGUUUUAAUACCUAGGAGGCGUGUUUUCAGGCUGUCGAUUUUUUUCUCAAGUUUUGGGCGGGAAAUUGGCGCGAGGCUGUCAAUAAUUGUUCCCCAUGCACAUGUCCGACGUUUGACCACUGUGUUCACAUCGUAGGGUUUUCAUUAUCAGUAGUCUUGAAAGCUAGAAAAAACCUCUUAAAGCGUAAUAAACAUUGCCACGUAAAAAAAGCGACCUUAAAGCUCUCGUUUGAAUGGUCAUACACUAUGGUUUCAUUCACAGGAUUCAGUAGUUAGAACCGCUUGGUAUUUUUCAAUUGAUGGUCAAAUUCACUCGGUAAUAAUCCCUAGACUCGAAGUCAAGAUUACCGUGUACAGUAUAGGAAACAAUAACACGUUAGGGUAUUGUUAACUAGCUAAAUUAUGUAAAAAUGGUAAGUUCUUAAUGUUAUUUUGUGCAGGGGUAGUUUUAUGCUUCAUUUUAAUUUAAGCGUGCUAUACCAGUGCACAUUAAUAAAAGUGGUAUUCGUAGGAUAUAGUUGCAGUUUUCUAUGUAUUUUUAUGUAAGAAUGAGUGAUGAAGACAGUAGCUGAGGUUUUAAUUUAAUACAUGCAUUUUAAUGGUGCAAAUCGUAACAUUUUAUUCCAUCAGUAAUGUAUUUUGCACAAUGCAUACAAUGAUGCAAACUGUUAACCUUUUGGCGUUGAAGGGUGACCAGCAUCUAAUUUCUCCUUACAAUAUCACCCCUGAAUCAAACAUUAAGGUCACGAGAAUAGUGGAAACGAUCACUAAUCAAAUAAGCUCCUGAUUGUUAGCCAAAUUCUCCUCUUCAGGAUCGGUGGAAAUGUCUAGAGAGCAGUGUAGAGAAUAUGAAUGCUUAUGUUAGGGUGUGAAGAGUUAAAAUGACAAUUUAGUCAUCAGUUUAGAUAGUUUGUAGAAAUACUCGUUAUUUAGAAGCUUACUUGUAAAAUAAAAUAUAAAUAAGUUGUUAUUA